AUGUAUUUUGAUGGAGCUGCCAACAUGUAUGGAAAUAGGGUAUUUAGUGAUGCAACUCUUAUUAUUCAUCAAGUAACAAGAGAAUGGAGAACAAAGGAUGCCAAAUUGAUUCCUUAUGAAGAACUCUUAACAAAUUUGAUUAAGCAAUUUGAAGUUGUUAGCUUUCAUCACUUGACACGAGAUAAAAAUCAUUUUGCUGAUGCUUUAACCACUUUAGCAGCAAUGAUUCAACUUAAUUAUGGAGUCCAUGUUCAACCCAUUCAAGUAGAAAGUAAAAGCUUUCUAGCAUACUGUCUAAAUGUUAAAGAAGAUCAAGCAGAACAUCCUUGGUUUCAGGAUAUUAAGGACUAUAUCACUAAGAGGUCAUACCCAACUGGAAUGACUGAGAAUGAAAAGAAAACCCUUUGUCAUUUGGCUAUGACAUUCUUUAUCAGUAAAGAUGUUCUGUACAAGAGGGUUAUGAUGGUACCUUACUUCGCUGGAUGA